AUGCCCCUCUUGUUUAUAUUGGCUCUCAGUUUCCUCAAGCUGGUGUCAGGACAGUGGCAAGUGAUUGGACCAGGCAAGCCUGUCCAGGUCUUGGUUGGGGAGGAUGCAACAUUCUCCUGUGCACUCUCCCCUGAGAUGAAUGCAGAAGCCAUGGAGGUGCGAUUCUUCAGGAGUCAGUUCUCUGCCGUGGUCCAUAUGUACAGUGAAGGGGAUGACCAGAUACAUAUGCAAAUGCCAGCCUAUCAAGGAAGAACUGAGUUUGUGAAGGACUUUAUCACACAAGGGCGUGUCUUCCUAAAACUGAAAAACAUCACUACCUCUGACGCUGGUGUGUAUGGUUGCUGGUUCAGAUCCCAGACUUAUUAUCAUGAUGACAUCUGGGAGCUGCAAGUUUCAGCUCUGGGCUCAACUCCUCUCAUUUCUAUUAUGGGAUAUGUUGAUGGAGGAAUCCAGCUACUCUGCAAGUCCUCAGGCUGGUUCCCCCAGCCCACAGUGAAGUGGAAAGGCCCACAAGGACAUGAUUUACCUUCCGAUUCCAAAAUGAAUGCAGACAGUCAUGGCAUGAUUGAUGUGGAGACAUCCUUUAUAAUAAAGGAAGGUACUGGAAACAUAUCAUGUUCCAUUCAGACUUCUGCACUGAGUAGAGAGGUUCAAUCCAGUCUACAGAUAGGAGAGACAUUUUUCCAUCCAUCACCUUGGCGCCUGGGUUUUAUUUUUCUGAUAUUAAUCUGUGUGAUUCUAAGUGUUGGUGUCAUUAGAAUGGAGAUUUUCUACUCCAAAUCUCAGGGGAAUCUUUGGACUGAACUGGACUGGAGAAGGAAGCAAAGACAAGCAGAAUGGAGAGAAGCCCGGAAACAUGCAGUGGAGGUGACUCUAGAUCCAGACACAGCUCAUCCUCGGCUCCACAUUUCUGACAUGAAAACUGUAACCCAUUUGGAUGAUCCCCAGGCAAUUCCUGCUUUUGAGAAGAGAUUUGUUAAGAGAGAAUGUGUGGUGGCUCAUCAGUGCUUUACUUCAGGGAAGCAUUACUGGGAAGUCAAUGUGGGACACAAGAAAAGAUGGCAAUUGGGAGUGUGCCGAGAUGAUGUGAAUAGAAAGGGAAAGGAGGGAAUUUUGUCUCCUCAAGAAGGGUAUUGGAUAGUUGGCCUUAGCAAAGCAGAUGGGUAUUUCACAUUCAAUCCCCGUAGAAUUUGUAUCUCUCUAAAUACUAGCCCAACACGUGUGGGGAUCUUCCUAGACUAUGAGGGUGAAAACAUUUCCUUCUUCAAUGUAAAUGACCAGUCUCUCAUUUACACCCUGAAUUAUAAAUUUGAAGGCUUACUACUGAGACCUUUUAUUGAGCCUUGGUCCUAUCAAGAAGAAAAUGAAAUGCCUAUAGUUAUCUGUCCAGUGAAUUUGGGGCCAGAAAGAAAGACCCCUUCUCAAGUUCUCACAACUCCAGACUUAGACAACUCAGACUCCUGCUCACAACUGAACAAAUCCUUUCUUUCCCAGCGUGGUUUAACAACAGCUCCUGACUCCAGUGCGUGUAGCAGUCAGCAAUGA